CGAUUAAACCCACCACAGGCCCGCUUUGUAGCCUGGGAUCCCCCAUACCCGUAGCCUCUUCUUUAUUCCCCAGCCGUGUCGUGUUAUUGAUAGCGGGCGGUGGUUUGAGGAGACCAUCACCUUUGCGACACCCGACAUCUGUAGGGAAAGGAUCAUCCGCUGACGAUUGCCCCUUGUCUGUUGCCGUCCCUGUUACCUUGCUGCACUGUUGUGUUGUUGGCGACACUUUCUCUUCUGGGGACCGCGCAUUGUUCUGGUCGCGGUCUUUUGCUGAGAAACGGACCUUCGCAGUAUAUUUUAAUCUCCAGAACAAACAAACGCGAAUCAACACGAUGGACCAGGACGCGAUGGCGAAUCCAGCCAAAACAGCAAGCCCGGAAGUCAUCGAGGCCGCUGGUCAGGAAUUCAACAAUGCUCUUGUCCUCUCCCCGGGAGUUACACUCACUCUUGGGCCCGAGUCUCUUCUUAUACCAGACCAAUUGGUAAUCAAACCCAACCGAUCAUGUUUACCCAGUCUAGGAACGAAGAAAGGCACACCAAGCAGCAUUCCAUAUUACAGCAUUCUCUGGGCGGAGACUUCGGAAGACCGUAGUUGGCUCGUAGUGGACUAUGCUCAUGAAGAUAGCCCGCAUCAUCUCGUGGUUCGCAACCUAAAAUUUGCCGUCCCGGCCCAGACUGCCGAACAGACAGACGACUAUAUGAUAAAAUGGGUUGAGAGCCUCCUGAAGCGGGCCUACGGCACUGCUGUCCGCCGUAAGCGUGCUUGGGUCUUGGUAAACCCUCAUGCUGGACCAGGGGGGGCCGACAAGAUCUGGGACAAGCAGGUCAAGCCUAUCUUUGAGGCGGCGCGUAUACCCAUGACGAUCGUUCGGACAACAUAUUCAGGCGAGGCAGUGGAUCUGGCCCAAGUUCUGGACAUCGACAAUUAUGACAUUGCGAUUCCGUGCUCCGGUGAUGGGCUACCUCACGAGGUGUUCAACGGCCUGGCAAAACGGCCAGACGCCCGCCGGGCUUUGUCCAAGAUUGCCGUGUGCCACAUCCCCUGCGGUUCUGGAAAUGCAAUGAGCUGCAACCUCUACGGCACUCACCGGCCGACCCUGGCGGCGCUGGCCAUCAUCAAGGGGAUCCCCACCCCUUUGGACCUGGUCAGCAUCACACAGGGCGAAGAGCGGUUUAUCAGUUUCCUCAGCCAGGCCCUGGGCGUGAUUGCCGACUUGGACCUGGGAACCGAGCAUUUGCGCUGGAUGGGAGCCGCCCGCUUCACCGUUGGCUUCCUCAUGCUGGUUCUGCAGAAGAAGACAUACCCCUGCGAUAUUGCCGUCAAGGUUGAAAUCGAACACAAGGAAAGCGUGAAACGGCAUUACCGGGAGCGCGUCACGCUGGGAAGCGCCGACGUCGAAGCGAGCAACGGCAGCGGACAAUCCAGAGCCUGCGAUGGAACAGAUGCCGAUGGGUGCCCCACGACAUCAUCAUCCCCAUCCCCGAGUGCGGCAGUGGACGACGGUGGCCCGGGCCUCCCACCACUCAAAUAUGGCACCGUCAUGGACAAGCUCCCUGAGGGAUGGGAACUGGUGCCUUAUGAAAAACUUGGUAGUUUCUACUGCGGAAACAUGGCCUACAUGGCGCCCGAUGCCAACUUUUUCUCGGCUGCCCUUGCAAAUGAUGGACUCAUGGAUCUCAUCAUCACCCAGGGCGAUGUCAGCCCACUCAAGUCUGUGGGCCUCCAGAUGGCGGUCGAUACAGGCGAGUUCUUCGAUAGUCCGUUGGUCACCUACCGCAAGAUUUCGGCAUACCGCCUCAUACCACGCAAUGCAGGAAAGGGCGGCUACCUAAGCAUUGAUGGCGAGGCAAGACCAUUUGAGCCGUUCCAGGCCGAGAUCCAUCAAGGCUUGGGCUUGACACUGUCCAAAAACGGCUGCUUCGAGGCACCCGGCCCCCUCAAUUGGGACAAAGUCACAACAAGUGAAAGGCUACUGGCGUGAUAGCGUAGUGUUGUGAUUAGCUUUCUUUUUUCUUUUAUGGUUGGGCUCGGAUAAUGAAUUGGAGGCACUGAUGAGAUGAGUUUUAUAUACCCAUGGAAGUGGAGGCAGCGGUGUGAGCGAGCAAGCUUCGAAGCAAAUUCGAGGCAGGUGUUUUCCUUGUUUCUUUCUUCACUUCGGCAUUAGAUCCACACGUCGGGGAUAAAGUACUCUUUUCCAUACAUGGUCUGGCGUGAGAUGCAAGCAUACGUUGCGGCAUUUGAAGUACGAAGAAUCAACAAAUUGGCAUAAAGCGUUCU